CAAAUUUACUUAGUAUACUCGCAAUUGCAGUUUCAUCAUGAUGGAUGGGUGGACGGUGUGAAGAAGGCCAAUUAGGUUGGACCCUGUGCUACUCCUGUUCUGUCUUUCAGUUUUGGGCUGUAGGAUUAGAAAGCCUCUUGAAGUGGGUAUGUUGUAACAGGCAAAAUCUUAUAUGUUCUGUAUAGAGAGGAGGGUGAAGAAACCCUUUCAAUGCCUCCACUGGAAAAACAGUUAUGCCUGUUACUCAUGCACGAAGCUUUUCCUAUUACCCUACGAAAACACAGUUUUACAAAGUGUCUCCAUAGCCCAUUGUCAGGCAGUCAAAGCAGGAACCAUCACGGACACCUACAUUGCCAACAACAUUUUAAAUUGGUACAUGAAAUGCAAAAAUGUAAAUCAUGCUCACUACCUGUUCAACGAAAUUUGUCAAAGAGAUUCUGUUACUUGGAAUUCAAUGAUUACAGGCUAUGUAAAUCAAGGAAACUUUAAGACUGCUUGGGAGUUUCUGAAAACCAUGAAGAGAGGGGGAUUUACUUUAGAUCAGUACACUUAUGGAAGCAUUCUGAAGGGAAUUGCUUGUGAGGAUUGCCUUGAUCUUGGGCAACAAGUGCAUGCAGUCAUCAUUAAGACUGGUUAUGCGAAGAAUGUUUUCUCAGGCAGUGCACUUUUGGAUAUGUAUGCAAAAUGCAAGAGAAUUGAAGAUGCCCAUGCGGUGUUCCGACACAUAUCAGAGCGUAACUUGGUCUCUUGGAAUGCUGUCAUUGCAGGGUAUGCUCAGAUUAGUGAUCAUAGAACUGCUUUUUGGCUACUAUAUUGUAUGGAAAGGGAGGGGCUGGGCCCUGAUGAAGCGACUUUCGCUACCCUUCUUACGUUGCUUGAUGACCCUGAAUUCUAUAGAUUAACUAUGCAGAUACAUGCUAAGGUUAUAAAACAUGGGUGGGCGUCUGACACCAUUGUGUGCAAUGCCACAAUCACGUCAUAUUCUGAGUGUGGAUCCAUUGAAGAUUCCAAAAGGGUAUUUGACGGUAUUGAAAGAGCCCGAGAUUUGGUGACAUGGAAUUCCAUGCUGGCAGCAUACGUUUUGCAUGAUUGUAGGACUCUUGCUAUAGAACUCUUCAUCAGAAUGCUAGAGCUUGGGAUUGAGCAAGACAUGUACACAUACACUAGCAUUAUAAGUGCCUGUUUUGAAAAAGAACAGCAAAGCCAAGGAAAAUCCAUGCAUGGAUUGGUAAUUAGAAAAGGUUUCGAGCAAGCAAUUCCAGUCUCUAAUUCUUUGAUUGCGAUGUAUCUAAAAUUUAAUGACAAGUCCAUGGAAGAUGCAUUCAAACAUUUCCAUUCUAUGGUCUUCAAGGACAGGGUCUCUUGGAACACAAUCUUGACUGGAUUCUCACAGAAUGGGUUGAGUGAAGAUGCGCUGAAGGUCUUUGGACAGAUGCGAUCUGCAGACCUUGAGAUUGAUUACUAUGCCUUCUGUGCUGUACUUCGGUCUUGUGCAGAUUUGGCAACUCUCCAAUUGGGUCAACAAGUUCACAGCUUAGCCCUUAAGUCGGACUUUGACUCAAAUGACUAUGUUGCUAGUUCACUGACAUUCAUGUAUUCCAAGUGUGGGGUCAUCAAUGACGCAAAGAAAUCCUUUGAAGCAACCACCAAAGACAGCUCAAUCACAUGGAACUCGAUAAUAUUUGGGUAUGCACAGCAUGGACAAGGAAAAAUGGCGCUUGAUCUAUUCUCUGAAAUGCAGGAAAAAGAGGUGAAACCGGAUCACAUUACAUUUGUUGCAGUUCUGACUGCAUGUAGUCACAUUGGUCUGGUAGAAAAAGGUUCAUAUUUUCUAAGAUCCAUGGAAGCUGAUUAUGGGAUUCCACUGCGUAUGGAGCAUUAUGCAUGUGGGGUUGAUCUUUUUGGGCGGGCCGGGCGUCUUGAUGAGGCAAAGGCCUUGAUUAAAUCCAUGACAUUUGAACCUGAUGCGAUGGUGUGGAUGACUCUAUUGGGUGCGUGUAGGCUACAUGGUAACAUAGAGCUCGCUACUGAAGUAGGGAGGCACUUACUAGCACUAAAGCCAGAAGAGCACUGCACAUACGUUAUUCUUUCAAACAUGUAUGGCCGUCUUGGUAGUUGGGAUGAAAGAGCGACAGUUAAGAGAGUCAUGAGGGAGAGAGGAGUGAGGAAGGUUCCUGGUUGGAGCUGGAUUGAGGUGAAGAAUAAGGUCCAUGCAUUCAAUGCUGAGGAUCUUUCACACCCUCAAUGUGAAGAGAUCUAUCAGAGACUUGGGGGGCUGAUGGAUGAGAUUCAAAGGUUAGGUUAUGUAACAAAUGUGGAGUGUGAGAUGUGUGAUUUGGAUUAUGUGGGGAUGGAUUCUGAGUCAUAGUUGUUGAUCUCAAUCUUGCCAUGGAUCUUGAAAUAGCUUACAUUUCUAAGACUGCCAACCAUGCAGCUCAUUCCGUUGAUGCAAUAGUAGCUAUUUAUUUC